UUGAGGUUAUAUUAAUUUUUAAUUUAAAUUUGGCUUAGAAUUUUAAAGCAAUAAAUACCAAUAUCGGGAAAUGUCUGCAAUAGAAAGAGUUCGAAUUAUGGUUUUAGGCGACUCGGGUGUUGGUAAAACGUCUUUUGUGCAUUUAAUUGCACACAAUGAACCCCUAAAAUCGCCAAGUUGGACUGUAGGGUGCAAUGUAGAAGUGAAGUUACACGAAUACAAAGAGGGCACUCCGGAACAAACGACAUACUUCGUCGAAUACUGGGAUGUUGGUGGAAGUCAUAACCAUCGAAAUACCAGACACGUCUUCUAUAAUCCUUGCCACGGUGUAAUUUUGGUGCACGAUUUAACAAACCGGAAGUCGGAGGAGCAUUUAAAUAACUGGUUAGAAGAGCUGAUUAAUCAAGAUAUGGGUACAUCGUUGAAUAGUGUAGACGAAUGGGAUUCUGAAAAUUUUUUCGGAACUAUUCAAUUACCGAUUUUAUUAAUUGGAACAAAAUUAGAUCUGAUAGAUGAUAAGAAGUUUGGUAUUAAAACCAGUCGAUUGGCAACUCAACUUGGAGCGGACGAAAUUAGUUUAGACUGCCGUCAGGUGAGAUAUGUGGCUGCAGGUACAUCAAAUGCCGUUAAGUUAACAAGGUUUUAUGAUAAAGUUAUUGAGAAGCGGUCGCAAUGUAGAAACCAUACAAAGUAUUCCGAGAGGUUUGGUAAUACUGUGUCUCCACUUUUAUCGUCGAAGUUCUAUUCUCCUACACAUCAAGAUUAAAAUGGUAAGGGUAGGUAUUGGAUUGUAUAUCUUUUGAUAAUUUUCUGAGUAUGAAGCAGUGUAAUAUUUCCAACUUUUCAAUUUUAUCAUUCUGUGAUUUCCAGUUCCAGUAGGUAUUGCGAUCACAAGAUCAUAUUUUUGUGGACUCUUGUGUACCUAUAGGUAGUAUUUUUGGAAUUUUUGUGUCUGAUAAGAGUUCGGAAUAUUGAAUAUUGUUGCAUGUUUUUGUAUUAUUUAAU